AUGGGCAGUCUUCUUAUUGUUCCAGACAAGUCUGAAUAUCAAGUUGGUGAAAAGGCCAAAAUUUUAAUUCAAUCCAAUCAUGAUGGAAAAAGUGAAGGAGUUGCACUUGUCUCACUCAGAAAGGUGAUUCAACAAAUUCCAAUCACCAUUGAUCCAGAAAUUGGAUGUACAGAGAUUGAAAUUGACAUUUCAGAAGAUUCUGUUCCAAAUUUUAAUGUCACUGUCCAAGUAACAGCAAGUCAAUCACGAGUGGACCAUGUUGGAACCGUUCUCGAUCAUUUGCCAAAACAACCAGCACUUUGCCUUUGGUGA